GCAGAGGAUAACGCGACCGACGUGACAUUUUCAGUAUGCGGAGCUGCCUCCUGCCACAAACCCGAGAUCUUACGGAGCUUAUUGACAGCCCAGAGAGAGAAGAUCCGAUCAGUGCUGAAGGAAAGGAAUUCCCAAGUAUCCAUUGAUUUCUGUUCACGGAUGGGCUGUUUGCAGGAUGGCGGGUGCACAAUCCAUAGCGCAGUCAGCAGAUCCCCGCCUCUCGUGGAUGGAGGUAGCGCAUCUUAAGUCUCAAUUCCCCAAGUCGGAAACGUGUCCUGCAGAUGUCCGGUACAGAAACAAUUUUACCAGAACUGUUAUUCUCUGCCCCAAAACCCUUGCCUGAAUGGUGGGACUUGCACGUCGACUCUCACCGGUUACAGGUGUCACUGUUUCACUUCGUUCUUUGGGCCACGCUCCCAGCAGACUCAGAACAUUUCACGGUAACGGCUAUGCAUGGAUUCAUCCUAUCGGCCACUGCUCGGACAGCCAUCUAUCGCUGGAGUUCGUAAGCGACAGCACAGAUGGAUUGUUACUACACCGCGGAGAGUCAAGAGACAGUAAGAACUUCAUCGCAGUUGAGAUUACGAGCGGCCGGCUCCUUCUCAUCUUCAGACAAGACCUGACCCCGCUGAGGCUCGGCUUUCCAGAGCAGGAGAACGUUACAGACAGAACAGCAUCGGAUAGACCUGCGCAUAAAAGAUAAAGUAAGUUAAUCACAUCGUGAGCCAGACAUGUAAUUAAUGCAGCCACAGGAAAGCUUAAAUAUUCUCCUUUAAUCACAGAAGUAGAAUGAAGACGAAUCUUUAAGAGCAGACACAGA